UCAGGUCGUGUGAGAAUGCUUGCCAGGGGCUCGUUUUGCCCUAAUUGCGACUUAAAUGGACUCCGGACGCCUUUCGAGCGAGCGAGGCUGCAGUAGAACAACUUCGCCUUGCAGGAUCCGGCGGUGCGAGCGUGCAGGGGGUAAAAGUGGACAGCCAGACAUCGGAUACUCAGUGUAGAGGUUGAAUUCUAUACAAUUAAAGGCGGGGAGUGGCGACGGACAUGGUUGUGGGCUACCAUAGUCACACUAGCCCUUCCAUGACGCCCCGCACACUCGUCUAAACAGUGUGAAUACGUCCGCCACGUCUGCCCGUCCUCUUGGUGAUGCUGUGCAGUUGAUUGAGCAGCACGUGCGCCUGGAGAAGUGGCGGAAACAUGACCCCCGGGCGUGUGUGGCCCCCACGAACGACACUCCGCCCUGCUGCAGGAUCUCCCGAGGCGCUGGACUGACCGCCCAAGAGCACCUGCUACGAGAGGCGUCGCCGCCGUCGGAGAGCGAGCGCGAGACGCGAUGCGAGCGCCGGUGGACGCCCCCGCCAUCAGGCCGUGGGCGGCGCGGGCGCAGGGCUGGGUAGCUGCGCUCGGGGUGCUGUGGGCGUGCCUCGGCCUGCGAGGGAUGGGCGUGCGGGCGACGCAGGCCCAGUUCGGGCCCCAGUGCGAGGAGAUCAAGAUACCCAUGUGCCGCAACAUGCCCUACAACCUGACGCGGCUGCCCAACCUCCUGCACCACUCCACGCAGGAGAACGCGCAGCUCGCCAUCGACCAGUUUGAGCUGCUCCGCUGGACCAAGUGCUCUGACCAGCUGGAGUUCUUCCUGUGCUCGAUGUACGCCCCGAUCUGCACAGUGGACUUCGCGACGGAGGCGGUGCCGCCGUGCCGCUCGGUGUGCGAGGCGUCGCGUGACGGCUGCGAGCCCCUGCUGCGCCGCUUCAACAUCCCGUGGCCCGAGAGCCUCGAGUGCGCCCACCUGCCCGUCUACGACCGCGGCGUCUGCAUCACGCCCGAGGCCAUCAUCACUGCCGAGACGUCGCCAGAGCCGGAGGUGGAGGAAGGCCCUUGCGAGUGCCUCAGGCGACCGAAGCUCCGGGAGAAGAUCUACAAGAAGAGAGGCUUCGACUACGUGCUUCGAGGAACCGUGAAGAGCGUGGACACCUUCGGCGGACUCACCCUGACGACGGUGCUGGUGAGCCAGGUGGUGCGCGCCGGCCGAGUGCGCGUGCUGGCGGGCGAGAGCGCGCACCUGUGGACCAACCGCUCCUGCGCCUGCCCCCCCCUCGCCCUGGCGCAAGACUCGCUUCUCCUGGGCUGGGAGGACUUCGCCAAUAGCCGCCUGCUGUACCUGGAGGGAAGCAUCGUGGUUCCUUAUCGCAAGAGAUACGUCAAGAAGAUUCAGGCUUGGGACGGCUUCACGUGGAAACCUCCCUCGUCGACGCCCCUCGCGACCCUCCCCUCGCCCAACAUCACGAUAGGCGGAGCGAUGGGCGGCAAGUCACGCCCCCACCCGCCGACCAUACAAGUGGGCAACAGCAGGAAGGGGAAGAAGAACCGAAACGAAAGAAGGAGAAAGAAGAACGAAAGAAGGCGGAGGAGAAAGUCGAAGUCGAAGAGGAAAUUGAAGCAGAGAAAGAGGAAACAGAACGCGACCGAGACGCCGGUGACGUAGAGGCCGAGUGCGGGCGCCUCCUCUACACGACCAGGCCUCCCCCCCCCCGCCCCCCGCAGACGCAGACGAAGAAGCCCUCGCGCCCAGGAGGCUUCUGGAGUGGGCUUCCCCGUGUCCCCUGCCGGCGCCUCGUCUCGUACCCGUGGAAUCCGCUUCAAACAAAGCACAACCACAGGGGGAAAGGAUACAAAUUUGAUCAUAUAAUAUAUAUGUGUGUAUAUGUGUAUGUAUAUGUAUGCACACACACACACACACACACACACACACACACACACACACACACACACACACACACACACACACACACACACACAUAUAUACA